GUCUAUCUAAUAUACUAUUUCUACUGAAUUUGUACUACAUUUGUACUACUUGAAAGCUUCAAAUUCAGUGAAAAAUGGAGAAUGGUGAAAAAGGUGAAAACACAGAGAUUGAGACUCUGAGUUUGGAUGAGAAUGAUGAGCUGCCGGAUGACAUGAAGAGGAUUCCGCCGUGGAAAAAACAGAUCACUAUUCGAGGAAUGAUUGCUGGUUUAUUCAUCGGAACAAUUUACAGUGUCGUGUUGAUGAAACUCAAUCUCUCAAUCGGGAUAGUGCCAAACCUCAACGUCUCAGCUGCUCUGCUUGCGUUCGUCUUCAUCCGAACGUGGACUAAACUUCUCGAGAAAUCCAAUUUCACUACAACACCGUUCACUAGGCAGGAGAACACGGUGAUCCAGACGUGUGCAGUCGCUUGCUAUGGCCUCUCUUACGGAGGUGGCUGUGCAUCCUUCCUGUUGUCAUUAAGUAGGAAGAUAUACGAGCAAGCGGGAGUCGACACAGAGGGGAAUUCGCCUACGAAUUUGAAAGAACCCGAGCUUGAUUGGAUGAUGGGAUUCUUGUUUGUGGUUAGCUUUGUUGGGCUAUUAGCAUUGGUUCCUCUGAGAAAGAUGAUGAUCAUAGACUACAAAUUGCCCUACCCCAGUGGAACUGCAACUGCUCUUCUCAUCAAUGGAUUCCACACUCCCAAAGGAGACAAGAUGGCCAAGAAACAGGUUCGUGGCUUCGUGAAGUUCUCCUCGUUCAGUUUCGUGUGGAGUUUCUUCCAGUGGUUCUACUCGGGUGGCGAGCACUGCGGAUUUGCCAACUUCCCGACGUUCGGGUUGAGAGCGUGGAAGCAAACAUUUUUCUUCGACUUCAGCAUGACCUAUGUUGGGGCCGGAAUGAUCUGUUCGUACCUAGUGAACGUGUCAUUGCUUCUCGGAGCUGUCCUAUCGUGGGGCAUAAUGUGGCCGUUGAUAGGCCGGCGCAAGGGGGAUUGGUUCCCCAAAGACAUCAAAGAAAGUAGCAUGAAGAGUCUCAAUGGUUACAAAGUUUUCAUUUCAAUCUCUCUAAUUCUUGGUGAUGGCCUCUACAACUUCGUUAAGACGCUGUUCUUCACGUUCCGUAGCAUGCGGACCGUGAUGACAGAGUCGGACAACAAGGACCAAUCCGCGGCCGAUGUUCGGAGAAACGAGGUAUUCAAGAGGGAGAGCAUUCCGCACUGGGUGUCCUGUUCCGGCUACAUUUUUUUCUCGGUCAUCUCGGUCAUAAUAAUCCCAAUCAUGUUCCCUCAGCUCAAGUGGUACCACAUAGCCGUCGUGUACGUCUUCGCGCCGUCUCUGAGCUUCUGCAACGCCUACGGGACCGGCCUAACGGACAUGAACAUGUCGUUUAAUUACGGCAAGGUCGCCCUGUUUGUCCUCGCGGCUCUUGGCGGGGAGGAGAAUGGCGUCGUUGCCGGGCUGAUCGGGUGCGGUUUAGUGAAGUCGAUGGUCUCCAUAUCGUCGGACCUAAUGCAAGACAUGAAAACCGGGCAUUUAACGCUAACCUCCCCGCGCGCGAUGCUCCUUAGCCAGGCGGUCGGGACGGCCAUCGGGUGCGUUGUCGCGCCACUCACGUUCUUCCUCUUCUACAAGGCGUUCGAUGUCGGGAGCCCUGAUAGCACCUACAAGGCGCCCUACGCGCUCAUAUAUCGAAACAUGGCGAUUCUUGGCGUGGAGGGCUUCUCCUCUUUGCCUCGCCAUUGCCUGCGGCUAUGCUACGGGUUUUUUGGGUUCGCCGUGUUGGCGAACCUGGUGAGGGACGCGGCACCUGCGCGGCUCGGGAGAUUCGUGCCUCUCCCGAUGGCCAUGGCGGUGCCGUUCCUGGUCGGGGCAUCAUUCGCCAUCGACAUGUGUAUAGGGAGCUUGGGGGUGUAUGUUUGGAAUAGAAUAGAUAGGAAGGAGGCUGGAUUGAUGGUUCCUGCAGUUGCAUCAGGUUUGAUUUGUGGUGAUGGGUUGUGGAUUUUGCCUUCUUGUAUUCUUGCUUUGGCAAAGAUUAAUCCACCAAUUUGUAUGAGUUUCUUUCCUGGGACAACAUCAUGACUUUUUUAGGAUUGUUAGGUGAUAGUUUUGUAGUUCCAAAAUGAG